AUGUGGUAUGGGUGGAAAUGGAAACAAGUUAGGGAGGCGACAGAGGUUAAAAAAGUUGGCAGAGUUGCGAAAACAUGUCAUACAGACCAGCCAAUCGAGAAAUGCGCACACUGGAAGUAUCACGACAUAAGUAAACAAGAUGAACUUAAAAAAGAAUUAGAAUCUAAGAAAAAUCACAAAUUUCAGGAAAAAUAUAUUCUAAUAGUCCAGAUACUUCUUAAUGAGGAACCUGUGGUUGAAUAUCGGCCAUCUUUUAUGAAGGAAUUAGAACUUGAUGCCUUCUUCCAAAGUAAUAGAAUCGCGUAA